AACUAAUAGUUUCCUUUCCUAUACUAUUCCGUGCUCAUAACAGGCACCACACAAAAGCCGCUAGAGAUCACGCCAGAUGCGCACGCAAGCCGUGAGGCUCCCCUAUCCUUUCUCCGUUUCUUCCUCUGCCCAUGGCUCUACCAAACCUCGCCGCCGGCCAGGCCUUCUCUGCCCGACGCACGCCUGCGCUGGGCGUCGGGCGUCGUCCAAGCACGCCGGUGGAUCAGACGUGUGACGUCGCCGUCGCCGUCGUCGUCCAAGCACGGCACACCGCCAGAUCGACCCCCCAUGUCGAUGCAAGCCCGGGCCGUCGUCGGUUCACGUCGCCGGAUCGAAACUCGCCGUCGGCGAAGCGCCCCGCCGGUGCCGACGUAUGGCUGGGCCGGUCGUCCAACCACGUGCACGCACCUGGCUGGAUCGAUCCGGUGACGCACAACGUUUGAUCCAACUCGUGGAUGAGAAGGAGGGAGCGCCGUGCAUCAUCGGGUUGCCGCGAGGAAGCCAAAUUUUCACAGAGGAGUGUGGCAGCACAUGUUCACCAGGUAUGCUUCACGCGUCCCAACCCCAAUCAUGGAGAGACACUGUCACUUCAAGAGGAAGAUGUGGAGAACAUUGUUUUUCUAGGUGAUUCUGAGCUUGUUGAGGACAAGGAGCUGGGAUCAUUUACGCCACCUGCAUGGAAUGAGCACCAGCCAAGGGCAGUGCAAUGCCACAACAAGGGACUAUGCACCAAUUAUAACACUUGGAUCCUCCACCGUCGAAGGUUCCUUGGUGUUUGUAGUUCCAUAUGUUUUAUAUGUAAACGUAUUGUGUGUGAUGUUCUGGAGAAGUACUAUAGGCUGAUCAUCAAGGGCCGCGCGUUAUCUGCUGAUGGCCAGGCGGUUCUGCUAAAGAUCAAGGACAUCAGAAAGGAAGUUGACCUUCUGCUUGAAAAGAUCAGGGUGCUUGAGGGCAGACCCUUUAAGAUUCCUGAUGUCCUUGAAACGGACAUGAAACUCAAGGGUGUUGGGUCCAGCAAGAAGUAAAGGUCGAUUGACAAGGGAGGCGCUUUGUGCAAAAGGCCGGACUACGCAACAAGAGAUGGAUUGAGGCACUGUUGGCCAUGCGACUGCCGGAUUGUUUCGAUUUUCCUCUUUUUUUGACUGGGAUGAGAAACUAAGAUGUACUCUCGCAUCGCACAGGAAGCGUGUCUCGCAUACAUGGGUGUGAAAUGUUGCUAUGCAAAAACCAGGAUAUAUACACGCACACGCACAGAAGUGAUAUGCAACUUGCAUUAGUCCCUAGUUUUAUCUGUUGUCAAUAGGAGGUUUCGGUUUUCCUGGGAAUAUUGACAGGGUACAAUUGAAUGAUCAGAAUGCUUUUUUUGUUGUCUUUGAGUUCUUA